AUAGUGCCGAUAUCUCGCAUGGAAUGAAAAUGUCUGCGCCCAUGUGAAAAUGACACAAAACUCGGAAAAGCUACCUGAUGAUGUUUGGCUGAUAAGGGAAUGUGACAUCUAUAAAGAAGAAUAUGACACUUGUAAAAGUCGUAAAGGUAGGAGACACCAGUGGUAUACAGUAGGAUAUAAAUUAGAUUGUUCAAAAUGGGAAGAAGAUUACAAGAACUGUUUACUGUAUACAAAGUCCAAUGAUAUAGACGCUGCUAAUAAGAUAAUUACCAAUGAAAAAGAAAGGUAUUUUGCAAGAAGAAAAGCAUCAAUAGCAAACAAUAUGUGGGAAUAUAGAGACAGUCCACCUGAGGAUUGGAACAAACCAGUGCCAGGAUGGGAAAAUAAAGUUUCUUUGUUUAAAGCUUACAAUAUGGGCAAAAAACCAAUUCCUCAAGAGGAAGAGAAGUCCUCAUGUACAAUAUUAUGAUGAAGGAUAUAAUAGGAUUUUUAAAUUGUAUAUCAGUUGUUUGUCAGAUUUGUUUAGCAAUUGUGAGACUUAUAGUUGUGUGGUUUUUUUUUUUAAUUUUAUUUAAAUUUUGAUAUUCAAGCAAGUCAAAAGGAAGACUUUUAUUGUCAAAAUGGUUGUCACAUAUACCUGCACCUGGCUGAUCAACUCAUUGUAUUGACAUCUAUGUAAUAUUUACUACAGUUGUUUAAUACUAUACAAAUUGUUAAAAUAUAAAAAAUGAUUUGCUGACAGAUGAAA